AUGAGCGAUACAAGCGACAGCGAUUGGCGCGCAUCACCGCAAAGAGAAGUUUCACGGAAGAAGUAUAGGUUGUUGAGCGACAUCGGCCAUGGCUCCAGCGACCAUGGCAUUGAGCCGGUGCGGAGGAGCAGAAGGAUGAGAUCCGCGGCCAGUGGUGGCAUCUCCGGCGAGCCAGCCCCAAAGGUUGCACGCCUAUGUGGCAUCCCUAUUACAGAUUUUUUGUUUAGUGUGGACCCAGAAAAGUCAAGCAUCAAAUUGGGUUUUCCGAGGUUGAAGUUAGGCCUACACCUGCCUGGGCCACUAUUCUAG